CGGCUCGGCUCGAUGACUGACAGAAGACGCCUCGCCUGGUUGAACAGCUAACGGUCACAUUCAGAGAGAGCGAGAGAGAGACGGAGAGAGAGAAAAAUAAUAAUAAUAUUAAGAAGAAAUAAAAACAACAAAAUCGCACACAGACAGACUGACAGGGUCACCUCACCUCCUUCUGGGCGCUGUAAUGCAACAACACCGGUAGUCGAAGUUGUGUGUGUGUGUGUGAGAGAGAGGACUAAUUUACCGUUCACAACCGGGGGCAGUCGGCUGGGAUGGAAGAUGAUGGAGGACAAAGGCCCUCGUGUAGCCGACUACUUCGUGGUGGCAGGUCUGACGGACCCGUCCAAGCCGCUGGACCAGGAGAUCCACUUUGACGACGUCUGCCAUAAGACGGCCAAGCCUAAGGCGCCCAUCACCGACGUGGCGCUGGUGAUCCGCUCGAUGGGCGAGGAGGUGCCGCCGGGGUUCACCUGCAUAGAGACGACGCCGACAGGCCAUUCGGCCGAUCUGAACAACGGCGGCCUCAUGGCGCCCCAGAUCUUCCUGUGCUACAGGCGAGGACGCGACAAGCCGCCGCUAACUGACCUGGGCGUUCUGUACGAGUGGAAGGAGAGGCUGAAGCAGGGCUGCCACAUAAUCCAGACCACACCCUCCGGUCGACCGGCCAACAUCAGCGGCAAUUCCUCCCAGCGCAUCUACGUCACCUACCGCCGGGCGCCCGAGAGCCAGCCGCACGCCGCCCUGGCAGUCACCGACAUCUGCAUCAUCAUCCCGAGCAAGGGGGAGACGCCUCCACACACCUUCUGCAAGGUGGAGAAGAAUCUCAACAGCAGCAUGUGGGGUUCCUCUGUCUACUUGUGUUAUAAGAAGUCUGUGGCCAAAACCAACACAAUAGCCUACAAAGCAGGUUUAUUCAGCAGAUAUCCAGAGGAGGACUAUGAGUCAUUCCCGCUGCCAGAGUCUGUUCCUCUCUUCUGCCUUCCCAUGGGGGCCACAAUUGAGUGCUGGCCAGCUAACACCAAAUACUCCCUCCCUGUUUUUUCUACCUUCGUCCUGACCGGAGCCUCCGGAGAGAAGGUGUACGGUGCUGCCAUUCAGUUCUACGAGCCCUUCCCGCUGGAGUGUCUGACCGAUCAGCAGUGUUCCCAGCUGGGUCUCCUAAACCCGGAUCCCCACAAACCCUCCUCCUCCUCCAACACUACAGCUGCUGCCGCCACCACCAGCAACACCAACACCACCACCAAUCCCCGCUCCGUCUACACCAACAAGUGUAUCUGCCUGCUUUCCCACUGGCCCUUCUUCGACGCUUUCCGCAAGUUCCUCACAUUCCUCUAUCGAUACUCCAUCUCGGGCCCUCACGCCCUGCCCAUCGAGAAGCACAUCUCUCAUUUUAUGCACAAAGUUCCCUUCCCUUCCUCUCAGAGGCCUCGCAUCCUGGUACAGCUUUCUCCUCAUGACAGCCUGAUGUUGAGCCAGCCGGUGUCUUCUCCUUUACCGCUCAGCGGCGGCCGAUUUUCCACGCUGCUCCAGAACCUCGGACCAGAGAACGCCGUCACCCUGCUGGUGUUUGCCGUCACCGAACAUAAGAUCCUGGUCCACUCGUUACGACCCGCCGUACUCACCAGCGUCACUGAAGCUCUGGUGUCUAUGAUCUUCCCCUUCCACUGGCCGUGCCCGUAUAUUCCUCUGUGCCCUCUGGCGCUGGCCGAUGUGUUGAGCGCCCCUUGUCCGUUCAUCGUCGGAGUGGACUCUCGCUACUUUGACCUUUACGACCCCCCGCCGGAUGUGAGCUGCGUGGAUCUGGACACGAACACCAUCUUCCACAACGAAGAUAAGCGAGCCCUCACAUGGAAGAUCCUGCCAAAGAAAGCCUGUAAAAACCUAAUGAAUGUGCUGAGCAAUCUCUACCAGCAGCUGGUUGACGGUCAGUAUCGGCCCGACGGGCUGCUGGAGAUGAGCAUGAGCGACUCGUCGGAGCUGAGCUGCGGGAAGAGCCUCCACACGGUGGAGCUGGAGAUCCAGGAAGCCUUCCUGCGCUUCAUGGCGGCCAUUUUGAAGGGUUACCGUUCUUUCUUGCGACCUAUCACCCAGGCGCCCUCUGAGAAAGCCACAGACGCUAGCUCCCUAUUUGACCUGCAAGGUUUCCUGAAGAGCCGCGAUCGCUCGCACCAGAAGUUCUACUCGCUGAUGACCAAAACCCAGAUGUUCAUCCGCUUCAUCGAGGAGUGCUCCUUCGUCAGCGACAAAGACGCCAGCCUGGCCUUCUUCGACGACUGCGUGGACAAACUCUACAGCUCAGAGCGGAGUGCAGACAAAGGAAGCAAGGUGGACAGUGACAGGCCAGAGGAGACCAGGCUGAUAGAGAUUGAUGAAUCCCAGCGUAGUGAGCACACGGUCUUCAUCACACCUCCAGAGAUGUCUCCUCUGCCUGAGGGGGAGGAACAUCCACUCUGCUACAGAUACGAUGGCUUCCCGGUGUUAAGUCUUGACCUGUUCGACCCCGUGGAGGGCCUGCGGACCCCCUCCUCCAGACUCGCCGCUCGGCACAGCUGUCCCACCAGCCCUGCACCCAUGUUUAGACGCACCAAGCAGGAAAUCAAAUCAGCCCAGAAGAUAGCCAAGAAGUACUCAUCCAUCCCCCAGAUGUGGUCCAAGUGCCUGCUCCGUCACUGCUACGGCCUGUGGUUCAUCUGUCUGCCAGCGUACGUGAAGGUGUGCCACUCCAAGGUGCGGGCGCUUCGCACCGCCUACGACGUCCUUAGAAAGAUGCAGGCUAAGAAACUGCAGCCACCCGAUGAGGUCUGCUACCGGGUGCUGAUGCAGCUGUGUGGACAGUACGGCCAGCCUGUCCUGGCAGUCAGAGUCCUCUUUGAGAUGAAGAAGGCUGGCGUCCACCCCAACGCCAUCACUUACGGCUACUACAACAAGGCGGUGUUGGAGAGCACGUGGCCGUCCAGCACCAGAGGAGGAUACUUCCUGUGGAUGAAGCUGAGGAAUGUCGUUCUGGGUGUGGCCCAGUUCAAGCGGGCGCUACGGAAACACGCCCCCCUCACUCAGAGCCCGCUGUCAGAUGGCAGCGACCUGGAUGCUGUGAGUCACGGCAGCCUGGAUAGCUCUGCCGACACUAACCUGGCUGAGCAGGGCCCCUACGCCACUGACUCCGUCAAAGUAGACCCCACUGAUGAUAGAUCUAGCACAGGAGAUCAGUCAGAUCUGGGUUAUAACUCGCUGUCCAAAGAGGAGGUUCGGAGAGGAGACACCGGCGUCCAGGACUCCGCCCCCGACAAAGACGACAAGAAGGAGAGCGACUGCAGCUCCUUGUCAGAGUCAGAGAGCGCCAAGGGAAGUAAAGACUGUCUCCCUCAGUUGGACAUGGAGGUCCAGUCCUCCUUCAAACCUCGUGGCAUCGUUCGGAGUAGCUGUCCGUAUGACGAUUCGACCUGUAAACCCAAGAGCUCCGCCAGCGCAGGCCAUGUUGCAGGUCUCCUCUUCACUUCCUCUCUGGAAGAGAUCGGCGAGGUCCAUACCAACAGUUUGCUCAGGAGACACAAGAGCGCUCUGGAGGAGGUGGUGGGCAGCGCCAGCAGCGGCUCGGCUCUCGACUGGCAGGGCGUGAGGGGCCGCCGGCUGAGCGGCGACACGGUGGGCAGCAGCGGCAGUGGCACCACCGUUCUCGGCCUGGGUAUGAGCCAGGCUGAAACCGACCCAGAUAAGAUUGCGGGACACCUGGGCGCAGAUGCAAAAAUCCUCUCCAGUGCCAACUUCAGUAAGAGCAAGAGGCCUCGUUCGUUGGCUCUGGGCGGCUUAGCGGAGGCAGCUGCUCAGGACUCCAGUGAUGAGGACAGAAGUAAUACGGAGGCCAUUUUUGAUUUGGAGGACUUGGAUUUGGACAAGCCUGCCCAAGAGGCUAGAAUCAGCUCUCACAACACCAGCAAAUCUCAUAAGAAACCUGUUGAACGCAGCGCUAGCUACUGCGGCGUGAGUACUGUGACGUCCAGAGGAGCUGUCAAGCGCACGGGCAUCGAGACGGGCUACGACCCUCUAUCCCUGCUGGCAGCAGAGUCCCAGUCCGAGCAGCAACACGAAGAUGAGGACCCCGAGGGGGAUGAGGCCAGCACGCCAAGCGCCCGUAGGAACCUGGCCAUGGAGAUCGAGCUCUACAUGAACCACAUGGGAAGCCCGCUGAGAAGCCGUACACCCAGUCUGGACCUGCAGCACCCAACCAGCCCCCUCCUCCUCCACCCCUCCUCCCUCUCUGCCCCCCGUAGAGCUAGCUUGCCCCACAGCUCCCCCCUCAGGACUACCGGAGUACCACGCUCCCGCACCUACCACCCUCCGUCGCCCUCCCAACCCAUCUCACGCCAACGUCUGUGGUCGUCGCCGCCCCGUCGCAGCUCUAGCACGACGCCGAGCCCCAGCCCCCGACCCAGCCCCUACAGGGAGAGAGCAGACAGGAUGAGCCUGUCAUCUCCUUCACCCUCCUCCUCCUCUUUCGCUCUGGACACGCUGCUCACACCGACGCUGGAUGUUUUCAAGACCAGCAUGGUCUCUGCCGGGAAGGGCGUGGCAGAGAAGGCUAGCCGCUGGUACUCCCGCCUGGCUACGUACACCACACCUACCAAGGACGGUUACUGUGACCGCCUGAGCGUGUCCUCCCUCGGUAUCGGAGAUCCAGACUGCUCCUCCUUACUAGACGAGGAGGACUGCGGGGACUCAAAGAGCUCUGUGGUCUCCCCACAAAAGAACGGCCCCGUCGGACUCUUAGGUCCCCGCAGGAGCCCCAGACGCAGCCCCCUCCACAGCAGACUGGACAGCCCCACCGCAGGCUCCAGCCUGGGUAGACCCUCAUCUCUGCUCCCCGGGUGUGUCCUCUCUCCUCCUGGUUUCCCUCUGCCGGAUAAGUCGGACCUCGGCUCUUCACGCUACACCAGCAACACCAGUAUCUUUAACAACUACGCCAUGGAGCUGCUGAUCUCCAGCUGUUCGCGCUGUAAGACGUGCGACUGCCUGGUUUACGACGAGGAGAUCAUGGCCGGCUGGACGGCCGACGACUCCAACCUCAACACCACCUGCCCCUUCUGCGGAAACCCCUUCCUGCCUUUCCUCAACGUGGAGAUCAGAGACAUGCGAGGACCCGGCAGGUUGUUCCUGAAGGGCAGCCCGUCGGUGGACGAGGCGAUGACGUCAUCGUACUCCGCCUCCACGGGUUUGGACACGGGGACGUCCACGUUGUCCACGCCCUGUCCCACCACGGCCAUCUCCCCUCCCUCCCCUGUGGUCGCUGUCCAGGAGUGUUCAGGAGGCGGCAGGACUCGGUCGACCAGGGUUCAGGGUAUCGACAUCCCUGCGGAUCGACGGCAGGGGACGCUGUGCCCCGGAGCGCCCAUGGCCCGCAGCGUCAGCGCCUUCGGGCCUCUGGGCGAAGCGUCCCAACUCAACCGCUGCGUGCCGACCUCGGGCAGCCUGCCCAGCCGCCUCAAUGAAACCACGGACCCACUGAAUAUGGACUGGCGGCUCCACAACCCCGAGCCGGUGACGGUUCCCUACCUGAGCCCUCUGGUGCUGUGGAAGGAACUGGAGAGCCUGCUGGAGAACGAGGGCGACCCGGUGAUCACUGAAGCCGACAUGGUGGACCAUCAUCCCAUCAUCUACUGGAACCUGGUCUGGUACUUCAGACGUCUGGAUCUGCCCAGCAACCUGCCCGGACUCAUCCUCACCUCCGAGCACUGCAACAGAGAAUCCCAGGUCCCUCGUCACUGGAUGUCAGAGGACAGUAAACACGUGUUGAUCCAGAUCUUGUGGGACAACCUGAAGCUGCACCAGGACCCCCUCCAGCCUCUCUACAUCCUCUGGAACACGUACAAUGUGGGUUACCCUCUGUCCCGGCCGGUCCCGGAGGAGGAGAAGCCGUUCAGUGAGGAGCUGCUGCAGAGCGUGGUGAAGAGCAUCCAGAGGAAUGAUGUCAGCAGGCCAAUGGCGCAGCUGCUGCAGCUGCUGGGCCAGACACUCGGGGUCAAAAGGCAAAGGAGUUUGUACAGAGACAUCCUCUUCCUCUCCCUGGUGGCUCUGGGAAAAGAUAAUAUUGAUAUCGACGCCUUCGAUCGCGAGUACAAGUUGGCGUACGACCGCCUGACGCCAAACCUGGUGAAGCUGACCCAUAACUGUGACCGUCCUCCCAGCACGGGGGUCAUGGAGUGUCGCAGGACGUUCGGAGAGCCUUACCUGUAAAACACUCACCUUCUUCAAACACACACACCGCCACCGCCACCACCACCAUCACCAGGGGUUCAACUCUCACCACCCAAGUCAUUGCUUUAAGACGAGCUCAGGAAAACCUUUCGGAAGACUGUGAAUGUGCACUGCGGUUAAAAAAAAACAAAACAAAACUCUGUAAGCGAUCAAAAAGGUACAGUUGACAGCCGUCAGCGUUAUGUAGCCUGACAAACACACACAAAAUAAACGACAGACUUUCUCUCAACUAAAAGCGGCGAUAUGGAAACACCACUCACAGCGUUCAUAAAACACCACGUCACGCAGCGUUGUAGAUCGAAGCUCAUCCCGAGCAGAUUAUACAGAUAUACUGUACAUACACAGCAGUAGAGGAUUUUUUUUAAAAAUGCUACAUUUAUAUUGUAUAGUCAUACAGCAUAUGAAGACUAAUAUUAGCAAUAUUUUAACUUGAAUUCUAUUUAUACAAAGUAAGCUUUAUUUAUUCUAGUGUCUUGUUUUGUUUUUUUUUUUGUCGUGUUCGCAGUUUAAACCAGAACGACCUGAACACUCACUGCUGCGUUUUCCCACCGAAACGUGUGGGAAGUAUGUCGCCGUAUGUAUUUUUAGUGUCUGCUGUUAAGUGACGACUAAGUUUCAGUGCUUUAAAAAAAAAAAAAAAAAAAAAAAAAAAGUUAAAAACCACUUAGAAUGUUUUUAAGCUGCCUUUUAAAUGUUUAAAGUCCAGAGUCUGAAGAUAAAUGUCCCAAACAGUUCAACUAGUGCUCUACGUUUCAUUUCAUUUAAACUGUAAAGUUUACAAAACAGUACACAGAACAGUAUAUUUUUGGUUCUUUUUUUUUUUUUACCAGUAUUUUAGCAUCAUAUGAACAAUAAGUUUCUUUUUGUUUUCUGUAGCGGUGGAACGCAGCGCUGUUAGCCACACGAGCAAAUAUCAGUAUUACUGUUCAUCGUCUUUGUAUUAAACAUGUGCUGACUGAAACACACACACACACACACACACACACACACCUGCGAUGAUAAAGGUGUAGUUUACAUUAACUUGUAUCAUUACGAGAUGAAUUAAAGGUUAGACGUGAGUUCAACUACAGUACGAACAGUUUAUCUUUGAAAAUACAGAAGCUGCUCAAAAACAAAACAAAACCAAAUCAUUUUCUGGCACUUUUCUGUUCAUGUUGAUAAAGAACGCAGUCUGGCGGCCAUAAUAGCCUGAUGCAUCUCUUAAAUCAAAAUGAUGUGACACUGUUUUCAUAGUUUUUGCAUCAUUUCCGUCAGUAGUUUAUAACAUUAAACUCAGCAACGUAACGACAUCUGAGAACAAAUCGCUACGACAGAGUCAGAUGAGACGAGAAACAACAGACAAGUUUAUCCAGAUGAUCUAAAUUAAUUCAUUUGGAGGUAAAAACUGAAAGUGAACGAUCCCACGAUGAAGGUAAACGUUUAUGGUAUUAAAUCAGAAUCAUAAUAAUUGAAUAAAGUUUCCCAAAUAAUCGAACAAAUAAAUAAAUAAAUUGAAAGUGAAUAAAAAUGAAGAAAAAAACCCUCAAAAACCAAACUUACACUGUAUAAGAGCGCUACGUUUGAUUAUAAUAUUCUUAUUUUUCAGUUUCAGGUCUGACACGAAGCUCGAAUGUGAGCAGCUGAACUGAAAGUGAAAAAUUCUGCAGCGAAACUGAACGAAGUGACGGCAAAAAGAGAAUUCAGUGAAAGAAAAGUGAGAAUAUUUUAAUCAAAUGUAGCGUUCUUCUUUUGUUAAGAUUUGUCUUUGAGUUCAUUUAUUUUGGUUUCAAUUUAUUUUUAUUCACUUUCAGUUAAAUUAUUAUUAUUUUUUAUUCUUGGGAGAUUUUGUUAAAUUAUUACGACACAUUUAAUCCCAUAAUAAUCCCUCAUCGCACAUGAAAACUGCAGGAAACAGACUUGAUAUUUGAGACAACAAACCGUUUCACCCCGACUGUCACUGGUUGUUCAGAUAAACAUGAUCAUAUCUGUGUUUAUGGUUUUUCUUUUACAUCUGUGGUACAAACAGCAUAUCUGAAUGUUUAUCGCACCUGCAGCUGCAGGCGCACGUUAAGUCUGUGACGGUACUGAAUCAGUUUAAAUCACAGAACCUUUACUGAUCGAUCAGACCGAUGAUGUGUUACAUUAUUAACUGAAUGAUACAAACUCCGACCGUCGUGCUGAUGAGCUCUUACACCAGAGGACGGUUUCUGUGAGUUCUCCAAGAAUGAGAAGCAAAAAUGGUAAAGCACCUGUCAGAUAAGGUGGAAAAGCGCCGUAUAAGUGGAGUCCAUUUACCAUUAUAGAGUUGAUGUUUGUCAUUGCUUUGUUUUUUACUAACAAAUACCUGCAAGUAUCCGUUUAAAAGUUCUGUAAAAAGCCCAAAGUGCAGCAGAGACACCAGAGUCUGGAGGACAGUUUCAGUGUAAAUGGUGGAAAUAUCAGCUCCUGUAUUAACUUUAAACAUCAGUUUUACUUACUAGAGUUUAGCAAAGGGGAGAUGUUAUAUAAAGGAGCAAUGAUGGUACUGAACAGAUGGUCAGUUAUUAUGUUAAAGUUGCCCUGUGGAGUUUUCUUCUUCUCUGACUCUGCUGGCACAUUAAAGCCUCCUGUAGUUCAUUGAAUGUGUCUCUUCAUUUGUGUCCACGAGACAAACAAAACAGGAACUGAUUCAUUAAAAACAAAAGUUCUCCACAGCGAGACUAGAGGUUAGAAACUCCACAGGGUAACUUAACGUUUGCUUUUUCUGCACAUCUCAGUGCCUGUUAGAAGCAGAAUCGAACAGAACUUAUAUGACCACGUUUACAUGAAGUCGGUUAAAUUCUAAAAUGCCCUUUUCUUGCAAAAACAGCAACUGCUUCCAUAAGUAAAUAUCUCCGUCUACAUUAAAACACCAGAACACAUAAUUCUCCUAUGUGUGGCAUGUGCAGAGGACAGACGAGCAAGUUAGCCACAGAAAACCAGUGAAGAAGAAACCGUAUUGUGUACUGUUUAUUGUUUCUUCAGCGGCUUCCUGACAUUUUGUUUAUUGCAAACAAAUUACAGCAAUUUCAGCAAGAGAGAAAGGUGGUAGAUAGCUACGUUUAACUCUAAACAAGCUCUCAAAGUAGACAAUAAAGAGAACUUUUCAUUUCUUCUUCUUCUUCGUUUUGUCAGCGAUACCACAGUGUUUCUUUUGCCAGCGUUUCCAGGUUUACACACACUGGAAGCUGUUUUAGAAAAGCUCAAUUUUUGUGGGGAGAAAAACUCUUGUUUUAUUCUGGACGGAGAGAAAAAGAUGCAUUUAACGAAUUUAACCGGCUUAGUGUGAACAUGGUCUUAAUCUCAGAGUCUGAAGCAAAUUCAGAACCUGAAGUUCAUGUCCAAACUGUGUUUUAUCAUCACAACAACUUCAUCAAAACAGGAAGCUGUAACCACCCAACUCUUACACUUCACAAUCUGACACGGUUUCAAUUUUAUUUUGUAUCUGUGUGCGUUUUUGCCCACAACUUCUUCAAGCAGCUUUAUCUCUGGAAAACCAUUUCCAGGAAACAGCCUCCACCAGCGUGAUGAUAAUAACUGUGUGGGACGCUGCUGAUGAAAUAAAGAGAAGAUGUUUUCUAUCAGCUGUGGAGGCUGUGAAAGCUUCGAGAGGUCAGAUUGUGUUAAAUUGUCUUCUGAGGGAACGGAUGAUGGUCGUUUGACGCCCUGAUCCCAAAAACAAAAAACCAUUUGGGGACAGAAGAGACACAGAUGUUUUUAUCUUAAUUAAAUGUUGACACUAGAGAAAUCAGAUUCACCCUCUAUGCAUUCAGUGGUUUUUAUUUAACAUUCACUUUGAGGCUUUUAAUUGUAAAAGUACGGAAGGUAAAUCAGGACUUAAAAAUGUGACACAAAGGUGGGCUGAGAUUUGUAAAUGUGUAUAUUGACAUGUGCAAUUAUUUACAUACCGAGUCUCGUAUGUGUACGAUUGUUUUCAUCCGGUGCCGUUUACAAAUCUCUGCACACAUCUGCACUAAAGAUCUGAUUUUAUGAGAUUCUGUGGGGGGAAAAAAUAAUCCUGACCAAAAUAUUCUGGAUAGAACUGGAUGUUUUGUAGGAGAACGACUACAAAUAAACACAUUAAUUAUCGCUUUCAUGUGAAUGUUAAUCAAACAUGAUGACUGACAGACUGAUACGACGGUUAGCGGAGGACCUCGAGUCUAAACUCAAAGGUCUUAUGAAUGUCAACCACAUGUGAAACCAGUCCUGGAAAAGUCAGGAAGUCGCACUUUGCCCCCCCCCCCCCACACACACACACACACA